UCCUAAUAGUGCCACUCCCUAUUAGCCUAUGGGAGCCAUAGAAAAAGAAGAAGCCAAAGCAUGUAUUUGCCGAUUAUAAGAUCUUAUAUACAAAAUCUCAUAAAGAUUACACAAAAGCUGUUAGAACUAAUUUAAAUCAGCAAAGUAAGAGUACAAAUCUGUCUUAGGGUUUCUAUUGCUGCGACGAAACACCAUGACCAAAAAGCAAGUUGGUAGGGAAAGGGCUUAUUAGGCUUUCACUUCAUCAUUGCUAUUGACCACUGAAUGAAGUCAGGACAGGAACUCAAACAGGACACAAACACAAGAUAGCAAACAUGUGAUUGUCUCAUGUCUGAAGCAGCAAAGUCUAAAACCUGUGAACUAAGCCAAAACACAAGGGAUCCAAGGAAUAAAAUUCAUGGAUUUAGUCUCCACACAACAGUAUCAAGGGAGGGCACCCAUGGAUUUAACCCUUGAGCCUGGACAGGAUGACCACAUAAGCUCAGCAGAGUGGAAAGGUGGGAUGUUCGACCAACUGAACAAACAGAUGGAGUCGGAAGAUAUAUUGUCUCUGGGGUCAGAACAAGAAUCCAAACCUGCAGGUAGAAAACCCAGUUUUCCCCUUGAAGAAGUAGCCCUUGAUAUAUCAUUGGAAACUGGACACUUAGCAAUUUGGGCCCUGGAAUCAACUUCGAAUUGACACUUAGCUGCUGUGGGCCUAGAUUUAAAUCCACAGAUUUCACAUUUGGGGACUGUGUCCCCUCAAUCCGUUCCUUCAGUGAUAAACUUUUAGACGUGGCUCUGGUUUUGUCUUUUCAGGUUCUACCUCUCCUACAGAUGACGGCUGUAUUACAUUUACAGAAUUCUCAUUUUGCAACUGUGAUUCUCUAUCCAUUUGCCUAGACUUUACUUUCUGGACCUGUGGCCUUGGGAUCACAUCUUUAAUAUGUUUUUUGGGUCCUGUAGUUAGUCCUGCAGGUUCUACAACUUGUACAGGUGGUUCGGUGAUUACUUCUGCAGACUUCAUAUUCUGGGCAAAGGACUCUGAUUUCUCACCUUGCACUCCUGGUUCUAGACUAAACUCCAGAGAUCUCACUUCUGAAUAUAGGUCUAUGAUAGUUCCCUGGGUAUCAUCAGCUUUAGAGAAUGUCAACCUGAGGGUCUCUGUGUCUUCAUCUUCUGGUUUCAGAGUUCUUUCUGAUGGGUUAGUAACUUCUGAACCCCGUUCUAGAGUCACCUGAACAAACUUCACAUCUGGGGGCUGUGGCUCUGGGGCCAUCACUCCUGAGGUCAUUGUUUGCACUUCUGAAUCUAGUAGCAAAUCCAGAGUAUCUUUAGUUGCACUUCCUGAUUCUGGAGUCUCUUCCAUCUCUUUUACAACUUGGGUCCCAGGUUCAAGAGUCUCUUGGAGUGGUGGUGAGCUCACCUCCACAGAUUCUGAGGUCUGGCUCAAUGGUGCUGGACUCAUCCCUAAUGAUGAUUGUGGCAACGGAGCAGAUUCUUCCACCUGCCGGCAAGGUUCAGAGGUCACCCUUGUUUCUGAGAUUGGAUGCUGUAGGGUCAGUCCUUCAGGUUCUAGGAAAUGAUAACUUGGUUUGGGGGUUGCUUCUAAAGAUUUUGUUGCAUAAAAGUGUGUGCUUGGGAUCAGUUCAUCUACUUCCAUACUCUCCAUCAGUGCCUCAGGAAUUAGACUCCUACCUUCUACAAAUGGAGUCUUUGUAUCCUCAAGCAGUGGUACAGAGGCUAUCUUAUCAGAGCCAGUGCUUUGUGAACAUGGUUCUGGGGCCAAGUUCACAGAUUUUAUAUCUUCCAGUGAUGGUCUUGGAGUCAACUCCACCAUUUUUAUAUCUCCUUGUAACUCUUGUGAUAGGGCUGAAAGAGCUUCUUCCAUACCUUGAGACUGAGAAUCGGAAAUCAAAUGUACUGAUACAUUACUGUGCAACUGUGGACAAGGAGUCAGCUCAUCAGACUUUUUAUUUUGGAGUCAUGGUUCAGUUGUCAGUUGGCCAGAUUUCACAUCUUGAAACUGAGACUCGGGCUGAUGGCACAGAUGUCUCACUUUUCAGUUGUGGUAUGGGGGGUUAAUUCCUCAUAUUGCAUAUUCUGCUGAUUCAGUUCUGGAGCCAAAUCUAUACAUACCACUGUUGAAGUUGGUGGUCCAUAUUUUUCCAUUUCUGGGACUAAAUCUGUGGUUAUGUCCACAGAUUUCAUACUUUGCAAUCUUGGAUCUAGGAUUAGGUGCUCAGAUUUUACAUUCUGUAGUUCUGGGGGUAAGUCCAUUGAAUCCCUAACCUUAGGCUGUGGGAUUGUACACCCCCCCCCCGAAAUAUUCCAUUUCCUGAAGCAGUGGUAUGACUGGCCCUACUUCAGCUUCUGGAACUUGAUGCUUUUGGCUCCUUCCUAUAGGUACUGCACCUUGAUCUGGUGGUGCUGGGAUUGUUCUCGUGGAUUCCAUUCUUUGAUGAUGUGACUGUGGUGUCUCCAUAGGAUCCUUCACUUGUGGCCAGUUCAACCCCAUAGUUUCUGUCAUGUUAUGACUUUGCCUUGGGCUCACCUCUGAACAGUUUAAGUCUUGGUGCCAUGGGGUGAUCUCCGAAGGGUCUGUGACCUGAUGAGACAGUCCUGGAGUCAGUGACACACACUCUGUGCCUCGAGAUUGUGGCAUAGUCCCCACGGAGACUCCAACUUGACCCUGUAACCCAGAAGGCAAUUCCAGAGACUCUUUGAAUUGAGGUUCUACAAUUUGUAGUGGUGUGAUCAUUCCUGUCAGAGAUGCCUGGACUAGCAGGGUCACCUUUAAAGCAUGCAGGGACUGACCUGACAGUAGUAGGUCAUCAGUCAUUCCUGGUGGUUCCAGGACUUUAGAUGGUGACUGUGGAGGUACGCUUCUAGAUUCUACAGUUCCUACUGGGACAGCAGUAGUCGAAACAUCUGGUUGAGCUGACACUGGGGUCAAAUUUUCAGCUGGAGGCUGGGAGCCUCGGAUCAAAGCCCUAGAUUUAGUAAUGUGUGGCUGUCCUAGUGGAAUUAUCUGCAUGACAUCCAUGGCUUGUUUUGCCACUGGAGACACUUUUGUAUCUUCAGUGGCUUCAGGCAGUGCACUUGAGCUAAUUUCCAUUGCAUUUUGAUGUACUGGACUGGGAGUAAUCCUGAUGUGUUUUGUGGCUUGAUUCUGUGACCCCAAGGUCAUGGUCAGUGUUCCCAUGUCUUUAUGCUGAGGCUAGGGAAUCAUUUCCACAGCUUUCACAACCGUCUGCUGUGGCCCUCGACUCAUACAUCCUGGUCUUAUGGCUUGAUAGUUAUGCAGUGUAUCCAUCUUCACUGAUUCCAUGACUUGGUAUUGUGGCUUUGGGGCUAUUCCUACUGGUUCUAUGCCAUGUGGACUUAAUUUGUCAAUCAUCCCCAUGGAAUCCAUGACUUAAAGCAAUGCCUCAGGAGUUACCUCCAGGUAUCUGUGACUUGACUCUAUCUUGAGGCCAUGCUCUUCAAUUCCAUGGUUUGAUGCUGAUGAUGGGUUACUUUUAUUGGUUCAAUUACUGAUUCUGGAAUCAAAUUUGAAAAUUUGAUACUAGACAGUGCUGGUCCUGCUAAGAUGUUCCCCGUGGACUCUGGUGUUGAUACUACUGGUUUCUCAUUUAAAGGAAACUGUUGGCAAUCUAUGCUUUGCUGUUGGGAGCCUAGUCUCAGCUGCAUAGGCUUUCUUUCAUGAACACAUGGCUUCAGUGCAAAGGAAGUCUUAGUACGUUGAGAACAGUGGCAUGGAUCGAACUCUAAAGGGUUCACACUUGGAGUCGGUGAGCCUGGCUUCAACUUCACAGAUUUAACUUUUUGAAAACAAGGUUCUGGUGAAAAUUCCUUACUUCUCAAGUCCUGUAGACUGCAGCCAGGUGUCACUUUUACAGAAUUUGUCAAACAAAGCAAUGGCUGUUUGCUCAUCUCUGGAGACAUUCUAUCUUCAGGCAGUGGGGUUAGUGAAACUCCCACAGAUUUCACACCAUUUGACAGAGGCCUCAAAGUGAACACUGGUUGUGCAGUUUGCAGCCACGACCCAAGUUGGUUCUUCAAAAAUGGGAUCUCUUGGCUGCAGGAAGUUGAGAAGAGAGCAUGGCUGACCUAGGAAACCCUGACAAGGGAUAAAAUUCCUAAAGCAAUGGAGCCAUCAACCAGCUUUCUGAUGGAAGAAAGACCUACUAUAUUGUUUGUGAUAUGGUUCCUGCUUCCUUUCCUGGUUGCCUGAAUUCUCUGUGACCACUGGAUAAAAGUAUAUUCAGUUCAGUUGAUCUCAAUGGGAAGUCGCAGAACAAACAUGUGUUAAUAUUGUGGAAACCCUUCCACCUGUGUGACAGGGAAUCACCCCACACCACACAGUACAGUGGGCUGCGCACACUAGCUAGUACCAUUGUGUCCAGGGGGAGGAAGGGAAAGUGCCUAUGGAGUGCAAUAAGAUAGCAGGGUUUGUAUUGAAGCCGGGGGUAAGUGCUAUUAAAAUGCAUAUAUAUGCUGAUUUAGAAAAUAUCUCUGUCUGCGGGGAAAGGCAGGCUUAGGAAUUAUUGUACUGUGUUUUUAAGCAUAGUGUAACCCUAUGGGAGGUGCUCUUUUCACUCAGGCCUCACUAGCCAAUCAGGCCCUCCAGGCGACCUGUCAGUCAGAAGUGGUGCAUGGUCCUUGUAGCAGCCAGCUUCAGGCUUGACUCCGAAGAGGAGAAGGUGCCAUUGAUCCUGUGUGCUGUGUUGUGAAUGCUGCUGCAGGAAGCUGAGCAGAGAGCAUGGACAAGCUGGGAACCCACAACAUGAAUACAGUGACAUAUAAUGAUGUACAUGUUGACAUCACUCAUGAUGAAUGGGCAUUGUUGGAUCUGGCACAGAGGAAUCUCUACAAAGAUGUGAUGCUGGAGACCUAUAUGAACCUCAAUGAUAUAGGCUACAAUUGGGAAGAUCUUGAAGUAGAAGAACAUUGUCAAAGUUCUCAAAAACAUGGAAGGCACGAAAGGAGUCAUACUACAGAGAAGUCAUAUGAACAUGCUCAGUGUGGUGAAGCCUUUGUAAAUCACAGUCAUCCUCCAAGGUAUGAAAAAUCACAUACUGGAGAGCGACCCUAUGAAUACAAUCAAUACGGUAAAGCUUUUGCACAAGACAGUCGUCUUCAAAAGCAUGAAACAACACAUACUACUAAAAAACCUUAUGGAUGUAAUCAAUGUGGCAAAGCCUUUGCCCAUCGAAAUAUUCUUCAAUUUCAUAAAAGAAUACAUACUGGAAAAAAGUCCCAUGAAUGUAAUCAAUGUGGUAAAGCCUUUGUUCGUCAUAGUCAUCUUCAAGAGCAUGAAAGAACACAUACUGGAGAGAAACCUUAUGAAUGUAAUCAGUGUGGUAAAGUCUUUGCUCGUCACAGUGCUCUUAAAUUGCAUGAAAGAAUACAUACUGGAGAGAAACCUUAUAAAUGUAAUCAGUGUGGUAAAGCCUUUGCUCAAAAUGGUACUCUUCAAAGGCAUGAAAGAACACAUACUGGAGAGAAACCCUAUCAAUGUAAUGAGUGUGGUAAAGCCUUUGUGCAGCCCAGUCAUCUUCAAGGACAUAAAAGAACACAUACUGGAGAGAAACCCUAUGAAUGUAAUCAAUGUGGUAAAGCCUUUGCACAGUCCAGUGAUCUUCAAGUACAUAAAACAACACAUACUGGAGAGAAACCCUAUGAAUGUAAUCAAUGUGGUAAAACCUUUAGUCGUCGCAGUAAUCUUCAAAUGCAUAAAAGAACACAUACUGGAGAGAAACCAUAUUUAUGUGAUCAGUGUGGUAAAGUUUUUGCUCAUUACUGUCAUCUUCAAGGGCAUGAAAGAACACAUACUGGAGAGAAACCCUAUGAAUGUAAUCAGUGUCAUAAAGCUUUUGCUUAUCACAGUACUCUUCAAAGGCAUGAAAGAAGACAUACUGGAGAGAAACCCUUUGAUUGUAAUAGGUGUGGUAAAGCUUUUGCUUAUCACAGUAAUCUUCAAAGGCAUGAAAGAAUACAUACUGGAGAGAAACCCUAUGAAUGUAACCAUUGUGGCAAAGCCUUUGUUCAUCACGUUGCUCUUCAGUUGCAUGAAAGAACACAUACUGGAGGUGAAACCAUACAUUUGUAAUAAGCGUGGUAAAGCUUUUGCUCAUCACAAUGCGCUUCAAUUUCAUGAAAGAUGACAUAAUUAAGAGAAACCCCAUGAAUUUAUACAGUGCGGUAAAGCCUUUGCAUAGCCCAGUAAUCAUCAAGUAUAUAAAAAUUCAUACUGAAGAGAAACCCUGUGAAUAUUAUCAAUGUGGUAAUGCCUAGUGAAAACACAGCAAACGUAUAAUUGUAAAGCUUUUAGUGUGUAAUUUGUCUUUAAUUGGUAAAGCCUUUGAAUAUAACAUUAGAUGUUGAAGAUCUGAAAAAAAAAACUAAUACCAAAGGAAAUCUGAAUAUAUAUGAAUUGGUAUGAUCUU